AUGGGAGGGCAUUUGAAUGCUUACACUUCGCGCGAAAACACUGUAUACUACGCGAAAUCUUUCAACUCUGAUGUGCCAAAAACGGUCGAUAUCCUUGCAGACAUUCUUCAAAACUCAAAACUCGAUCAAUCUGCAAUUGAAAGAGAAAGAGAUGUUAUCCUUCGCGAAUCUGAGGAGGUGGACAAACAGCUUGAGGAGGUUGUGUUUGAUCAUUUGCACGCUACAGCUUACAUGCAGCAGCCCCUCGGCCGAACAAUUUUGGGACCUCGUGAGAACAUUCAAAGCAUCACCAGAGAAGACCUAACAAAUUACAUUACCACCAAUUACACCGCAGAUCGCAUGGUCCUAGUCAGUGCUGGUGGUAUUCCUCAUGACGAUCUUGUCAAGCUUGCCGAGCAACACUUCUCCGGCCUCAAGGCUCAACCUCCAACACAAUGGCAGGCCAAUCUGGCGGCUGAGCAGAAGCGGAAGCCCGAGUUCAUUGGAUCCGAAAUCCGACAACGAGAUGAUACUAUUCCGACAGCUCACAUUGCCAUUGCUGUCGAAGGUGUGGCAUGGAAGGAUGAUGAUUACUUUACUGGUCUCGUUACACAAGCGAUUGUCGGUAACUGGGACCGAGCUAUGGGCAACUCUCCAUACUUGGGUAGCAAGCUCAGCACUUUCGUCAAUGCUAACAACCUCGCCAAUAGCUUCAUGUCCUUCUCGACCUCCUACAGCGACACUGGUCUCUGGGGUAUCUACCUGGUCACUGAGAACAAGACGCACAUCGACGACCUUGUCCACUUUACUCUCCGAGAAUGGUCCAGACUAUCAUUUACUGUAACUGAGGCAGAGGUCGAACGAGCAAAGGCACAACUCAAGGCAUCCAUCCUUCUAUCUCUCGACGGAACCACUGCCACGGCUGAAGAUAUUGGACGACAGAUCAUUACAACUGGUCGACGAAUGGAGGCCACCGAGGUCGAAAGAGUCAUUGGUGCCAUCACCGAAAAGGACGUGAUGAGAUUUGCUCAGAAGUAUCUGUGGGAUCAAGACGUUGCCAUUUCCGCGGUUGGUUCGAUUGAGGGUCUGCUCGAUUACAACAGAAUAAGAAAUGAUAUGAGCAGGAACGCAGCAUAG